GGCUGCUGCAGAGAGACUUCGAUCCAUAGAUGAUGCAUUCCGUAAACAGCUAGAAGCAGCCCAGCAUAGCCACAAAGAUCAAAUAGAACAGCUCCAAAUUGAAAAACAGGAGGAAAUAAAUCAGGCAAAUCAAAGAGUUUUUGAUGUUGAAGAUGAAAUGCGUCAGUUACUAAUCGAGAUGGAAAAUAAUAAAAAAACGACUGAAGCUAAAAUCAAGAAGUUUAGCAAGGCAUUCAGUGAUCUCCAGCAUAAUCUAUAAAUCAUUUAAUUUAUUUGCAUAUAUUGUAAUUUAUGGUGGAUGUAAAUAUACAGCACAACGCACUAUACUGUAGAUUCUUGUAUAUAUAUGUAUGCGUGUAUGUGUCUGUACUGUUAAACAUUUAUUGUAAUUAAUCUAGCAUAAUAUUAUAAAUGGCAUCUUCUAUCUUUGUAUAUUUACUAGAUUUACAAUUUUUUUAUCAUGGAAUAAAACCUAAUUUUUAAUAUUAAAGAAUAAA